CCAUUAAAAGAGAAGAAGAAGAAGAAGAAGAAGCGGAAGCAGCAAGAGCGGAGGAAGAAGAAAAACAAAGCGUCUGUCAUGUGAUUUCCUACUGCGUCUUCGCUCUUUUUGUGUCUAAGCGUUUAGUUUGAAAGCCUUUUCAACCAGGGGAAUUAAAUACGAGAUACAACAGAGACACAGACAGCAACUGUGUGUUGUGUGUCUUCAGCUGCUCAGCCGUCUGGGUAAAGGGAUAAAGCCUGGCCACCAUGGCUGACGAUUUAAAGCGAUACUUGUAUAAACAGCUGCAAAGUGUUGAAGGUCUUCACGCAGUUGUAGUGACGGACAGAGAUGGUGUUCCAGUUAUCAAAGUUGCCAAUGACAACGCUCCAGUCCAUGCACUAAGGCCUGGCUUCCUGUCUACCUUUGCUCUGGCCACCGAUCAGGGCAGCAAGCUGGGCCUCUCUAAGAACAAAAGCAUCAUCUGCUACUACAACACUUACCAGAUCGUGCAGUUCAAUCGGUUGCCGCUGGUCAUCAGCUUCAUCGCCAGCAGUCAUGCAAACACAGGUCUGAUCGUAAGUCUGGAGAAGGAGCUGGCACCUCUAAUAGAGGAACUGAGGCAGGUAGUGGAGGUGACAUAAGCUCUGGCAGAUGUGAGACCCCUGAUCACGACGUGGCCCAAGCAAUGUGUCUGAUGAUUCAUGUAUGCCAUCAAGGUUUUACACCUAAUUACUCAGCCUAAAUCAUUACACCUGUUUCCUCACUGUCCUAUAAAGUUGACUUUUUGUUUGACAUCCUUUGAUUUGUUAUAAAGUUAGAUUCUGUCAUUAGUGUUUCCACAUUAAAACGUCAAAUAAAUUUUCUCUCAGAGCAUCA